CCUCUAAUGAAUUGGUAUUCUUAAAUUUUUAUGCCGAAUGGUGUAGAUUUAGUAAUUUAUUAGCACCCAUAUUUAACGAGGCUGCAGAUAAGGUCCGCGAAGCCUUUCCCGAUCCCGGUAAAGUAGUCCUAGGUAAAGUUGAUUGUGACAAAGAAACCGCAAUUGCAUCCCGAUUUCACAUCACCAAAUAUCCAACAUUGAAAAUUGUACGCAAUGGCCAGCUGUCGAAACGUGAAUAUCGUGGACAACGCUCAGCAGAGGCAUUUUUGGAAUUUGUCAAGAAACAAUUGGAGGAUCCGAUUAAAGAAUUCCAUUCGUUGAAAGAUUUGGAAACGUUGGAUUCGAAGAAGCGCAUAAUUAUCGGUUACUUUGAUCGUCGUGAUCAACCGGAAUAUGAUACAUUCCGUAAAGUUGCCUCCAAUCUCAAGGAUGAAUGUCAAUUUCAUGUUGGUUUUGGUGAGGCUGCUCAGGCAAUGCAUCCACCGGGUGGUGAAAAUAAACCCUUAGGUAAUGCAAUACUUAAUAUAACUUUAGGACAUCCCAUCAUCGUAUUCCGUCCCGAUGUGGCACUGACCCAUGAAAAUGAUGAAACCUAUACGGGUAGCCUUAAAAAUUUCGAUGAACUAAAAAUAUGGAUACAAGAGAAAUGUGUACCAUUGGUGCGUGAGAUUACCUUCGAAAAUGCCGAAGAAUUGACCGAAGAAGGUUUGCCCUUCUUGAUAUUAUUCCAUCACCCGGACGAUACUAAUUCGAUUAAGGACUACAAGGCCAUCAUUGAACAACAGCUGAUGGAUGAGAAACAAAAUGUCAACUUCCUAACGGCUGAUGGUAAACGUUUUGCCCAUCCCCUGCAUCAUUUGGGAAAAUCGGAAGAAGAUUUACCCAUUAUUGCCAUUGAUUCGUUCCGACACAUGUAUUUGUUCCCCAACUUUAAGGAUAUGUACCAGCCGGGUAAAUUGAAGCAAUUCUUGCAGGAUUUGUACAAUGGCAAGCUGCAUAGGGAAUUCCAUUAUGGCCCCGAUCCAGUGACAAAUGAAAUCCAAGCCGAUGUAAAUUCCAAUACAUCACCGCCCGAAUCAACCUUCAAGAAAUUGGGACCCUCCAAGAAUCGUUACACUCUCCUAACCAAGGAUGAACUGUAAAACG